AUGGCGGAUCCCCUCAGUAUUGCAGGGUCAGUGGUGGGGAUCACUGCAGCCGGUGUACAAGCCUCAAUCAGACUGUACGCAAUCGCCGAGAAGGUCGUCACAGCCAGCCAGCGGGUCAGGAGUAUUGCGGACGAUAUCAGCAGCACAUGCGCCAUUCUGAACCAGGUGCGCGAACUCAUUAUUCCUCAGCCUGAUGCGCAAGGUACACUUAAGUCGGUCUUCAACUCCAUCGCGCUGGGCGACAUCUCACAUGCUCUGCGUCGCUGCAGAGCAGUAUUCACCGAAACCGAAGCUCUGUUGAGUAAUGCAUUUGAGCAAGUCAGAACCCGCUCUACUCCGCAUUCAAAGAUCGAGCUAUCCAAAUUCGAAAAGGCGAAAUGGCCUUUUCUGCAGCCACAAUUCGAUGACUUACGAAACGAUCUACGCGGAGCCAAAGGGGACCUCGUACUUAUGAUAGCCGUCGCCAGUCUUGCCCUUGCACAGAGAAAUGGGCGUCAGCGACCAGUUCAUGAUAGGGAGAGACUGGAACUCGGAUCUACGAUUGUACAGCUGCAGCGAGCCCGUACCAUCAAGCCGCAAGACCGGAGUACUGCAGAGACGUCUCAAAAUCAGAGGCGCAGCCUGCGAAAGCUGUUUGGAAUGCGUAAGAAUGAUGAUACGGAUGAACACAUGAUGCUCGAACGUAAUCGGGGCAUGGACAGCACACGAGUGUCGGUGUCUGGCAGUCUGAAACCCACGACGGCUUCUCCCCGCGAACUACGGCAAGAUGCAAGAUCUUCAACCCUGAUCAACGACUGGGCACAUGGUGUCCCUCCGAACGACGUCAAUAUAAGUCCCGAAGACACGUCGUCACCAUCCACUGCAGGAGGAACGAUCCUGGCCACGUUAGCAUCGACUUCACGGCCCUUGGAACUGAUGAGACGAAACGUGCCCGUUGCGCCGGACUCGCUACGGGAGCUGGAUUCAGAAGAGCCAGAUCCUCGAGACCAAAAUUCUUUGCCAGCGACAGCAGCUUCGCCAUCACCUUUCGUGCCGACUGCAAUGACUCAACCAGCCCAGGAACAGCCGGAAGCGACAGUUACUUCAAGCACGCUUGCGGCCACUCCAUCAAUCGCAAGCGCGAGUAACGAAACGCGAUACUAUCAAGGCUGGGUCACCAACUACCUUGAAGGGCUGAGUACUGGUCAAGGGGAUUCUCUUUCACCAGACCUGAUGAAAUUACCGGAUCGAUCGCUGGAGAAACUGGUCAAAAUUUACACUGAGGAGGGUCGCGACCCACACAUUGCAAUAUCGGAGCUCACCAAACAGCAGCAAUGGCUCAUUCAGCACAGCUGCUCAAAACGCCCUGACGCAGAAGUAGCAUAUGUGAAUGUGCAGCAUAACAUCACUGUGCCCAGCGUAUUUGGCCUACUGAAAAUCGACACGCUAAAGUGGAUUGUGGUGUCAAGAUCACGUUUGCCGCCGAUAGACUUUCAUGGAUAUGAAACCGCAUGGAGGCCUAAGAACGAGCCUAUUGACUCACCCUCCAAACAUAAGGUACUCCAGCAGGAGGAAUGA